AUGCUGAGAGCAAGUGAACCAAGUGGGUUACCGUUAUCAAUUCAUCAUGUUGAAUUCUACGUUUCUAAUGCUUUACAGAGUUCCUACUGGUAUUGCAUCAAUUUUGGUUUUCAACAAUUUGCCAAGAAAGAAAAUACUCAAUGGAGCAGUAUAGCUAUUCGUAAUGGAGACAUUAUUUUUAUCUUUACGACAUGUAAAGGACAGAAUAAAGAUUUUGUGAAACANUUGGCUAUUCAUGGAGAUUCCGUUAGAAAUGUAUCAUUCCUGACUAGUGAUAUAAAUGCUAUAAUUAAGCGUGUGGUUGAAGAAGGUGGAUUUCUGGUUAAGCCAAUUGAAAUCGUUACUGAUGAUAAUGGUUUCAUAAAAACCGCUGUGAUUGGUUUGCCGGAAUGCGAUGUAGAUCAUACCCUGCUAGAUUUAAAAACGUAUCAAGGAUUCUUCUUGCCGAAAUAUAAACAAUAUGAUUAUAGCAGCGAUAUUCUGAAAUCAUUAGAAGAAAUAUCGAUCACUUCAGUAGAUCAUUUCGUAAUUAAUUAUCCUGUGAAUAUUAUGCAACGUGCUCUGCAUUAUUAUCAUCAAAUAUUUGAUUUUGAAAAAAUAUGGUUUGUUUAUAAAGCUAGGUCAGUUGAUAAAUCAAUAUUUGGUUCGAAUCAAUGUGCCAUGAAAAUCGUACUGAUAGGGAAUAAAUCCAAAACAAUACAAAUAGGCCUUGCUGAACCAAUUCCAAGAGCUGGAGGAAUGCGUGGUCAAAUACAAGAAUUUCUGGAUUACAAUAACGGUGCUGGUGUCCAACAUAUAGCAUUCUUGGUGGAUAAUAUUAUUCAAACAGCGGAACGAAUGAAAAACAGAGGUGUGAAAUUUAUUGCUAUUCCUGACGAAUAUUAUACCGACCUCGAAGCGCGUCUUGCUGCUUCUCCAGUGAAGCUGUUGGAAAAUUUUGAAAAAAUUAAAGAGCUCCGAAUUUUAAUCGAUUUUGAUGAUAAUGGAUAUUUGCUACAAAUGUUCACCCAGCCAGUUCAAGAUCGACCUACGCUUUUCUUCGAAGUGAUCCAACGAAAUAAUUUUUCCGGUUUUGGUGAUGGAAAUAUUAAAGCUUUGUUCAAUGCAGUAGAGAAAGAGCAAGAACGACGUGGAACUCUCCACCUCGGUUUAUAA